AUGGACGACAAGGAGGUCGUAGCUGUAAUUCUACUAGACCUUUCUAAAGCAUUUGACAGUAUCGAUCAUGUAUUGCUUCUAAAAAAGCUCCAAGUAUUGGGAGUGUCCGAUGACGCUUUAUGUUGGUUUAAGAGUUACUUGACAGGACGACAGCAGGUUGUGCGCAUUGGAUCGACUGUCUCUGAAACACGCACACUCAAUCAUGGCGUUCCGCAGGGCUCAAUUCUCGGUCCCAUGUUAUUCAACAUAUAUAUUAAUGAUUUACCUAUGGUACCAAAGAAUGGUAAUUUGAAGUCUUACGUCGACGACUCGAAGCUACUUUUGUCAUUUUCCGUCAAUGAAGUGAACUCAGCGGCUGCUAAGCUUAACGAAGAUCUACGGAGAGUCGUUUCUUGGUGUUCUCUAAAUAGUCUGCUUAUUAAUCCCAAUAAGACGAAAUUACUUGUGUUCGCAACUCGUUAUAUGUUGAAACAGAUACCGGCAGAUUUCCAUAUUUUACUAUUGGGGAAAAAACUGUUUCCUGUGACCUCAGCCACUGAUCUAGGCGUGACACUGGAUAGUGGUUUGACGUACGAUGAACACGUCACAAAACUGGUUUCCUCUUGUGUCGGUAGCCUGUGUCAAAUUAAUAGAGCAAGGCACCUUUUUGAUAUGAAGACGUUAAUUCUUUUAAUAAACGCGUUGGUUUUUAGUAAACUCUAUUACUGUUCAACCAUAUGGUCUAAUUCAUCGAAGAAAAACAUUGCAAAAUUGCAAAAAGUUCAGAAUUUCGCAGCACGUAUUGUCACGGGCACAAAAAAAUUCGACCAUAUCACUCCAUCUUUAAAACAGCUUAACUGGUUACCAGUCAAUUAUAUGUUGCGAUUCCGAGAUACAGUAAUGGCUUAUAAAUGUGUUAAUGGUAUGGCCCCAUCAUAUUUAUGUCGUAUGUUCCAAACAAGAUCACAAUUACACAAUUUGAACACAAGAUCUUGCGAAUUAUUGGAAAUACCUUUAUAUAGAACAGCGACCGGACAACGUUCUUUUCGCUACCGAGCUUCUUGUUUAUGGAACAGUUUGCCAGAAUGGCUAAAAGACCAUAAUCUUAAUUUGGAACGUUUUAAAAGCGGGCUACGAAGUUAUUUGGUUCAACAAUUUCUCGAUGAAUAG